AUGGAAAUCGCCUCAUCAAUACCCCCAGAGAGAGGUAAAAUCUCAUCUCCGGCGACUUCCCCUUUCGCCAGCGGCGGAUAUCCACCGCCCCACCCGAUUCCCGCCGCCUCCAGAUCUCACGAGUCCCCCAGCCCUCACCCUACCACCUUCGUCCAGGCGACAGCCUCCAACUUCAAUCAGGUGGUACAGAUGCUCACCGGAUCCUCCGUCACCGGCGGCGGCGGUGGAAUACCUCCGAUCAAGAGCACCAACCAGAAGAAGCAGGGGUUCAAGCUGUACGAACGGCGGAACAGCCUCAAAAGCGGCCUCAUGAUCAAUACAAUGCUUCCGGCGGGGUUUUCUGGACGGAGGACCGAGAUCCUGUCCCCGAGCAUGCUCGAUUUUCCGUCCCUGGCCCUCCUCAGCCCGCCGACGCCGCUGAACGGGGACAGCCUGGAAAGAUCGGCGGCGGCGCCGUCGCCGACGUUGGAGGAGGAGAGGGCGAUCGCGGAGAAGAAAUUCUACUUCCACCCAUCGCCGAGGACGAAGUCCGGCGAGCCGCAGCUGCUGCCCCUUUUUCCGGUGACCUCGCCGCGAGUUUUGGGGUCCGAAAAUUGA